AUGAAGGUUGUUAUCAUAGGAGCUGGUAUCGGAGGACUGGCGCUAGCUGUUGCCUGUCGACGAGAGAAUCUCGAGGUGGUUGUUCUCGAGCGUGCGCCGGCCCUAGAGCCUCGAGAAAACGUCACACGCGCCGAAUGUCUCGUUGCUAAGACACAGAAGCUUGGAGCAGGAAUCCAAGUUCCACCCAACGCCGCGCGCGUGGCUCGUCAGUUGGGAGUUCUUCCUGCUUUGAAAGAAAAGGGUGUCGUCCUGGAUUCCAUCGAGUACGUGAGAUACACCGAUGGAAAGGUCCUCUACAAAAUGGACAAGAAUUACGUUCGGGACUCGUUUAGGGACAGUUGGCUUGUAAUUGCUAGGGCAGAUCUUCAUCAAGCCUUCUGGGACGCUGCAAAGGAGGCCGGUGCAGAGCUGCGACUCGGCUCAGAAAUGACCAGUAUUGACUUUCAGAAUUCAUGUGUCAAUUUGGUUGGCGGUGAGGAAGUGACUGGCGAUGUCAUUGUUGGUGCAGACGGUACAGUCGGGCCUCAUUUUUGCUACGUAUUACGCAUGGCUGACAGUGCGGCAGGUCUUUAUUCUCGGGCUCGUGACCUAAUAUUGGGCAGAGAGUCCCCAGCAACAGAAACAGGAGACUUGGCAUAUCGAUGCACUGUUCCAGUAGAAAUGCUCAAAGGCCUCAACGACCAGGCCUUGAGCAGCCUCCUCGAAAAGAAGACUGCGACAUGCUGGAUGGGCCCAGAUAGGCACUGCGUUUUUUAUCCUCUGAAAGGCGGUAAAGAGUACAACUUGAUCAUGCUCCGUCCCGAUAACCUUCCUAAAGACGUGCGACGGGCACCCGGAGACCUGAACGAGAUGAGGAGUAGCUUCGAAGGCUGGGACCCUCGGUUGACCAAACUGAUUUCUUGCGUUCCGUCAGUGCUGAAGUGGAAGUUAUCCCACCACAAGGAACUUGAGAGCUGGGCAUGCGAAUCCGUGGUACUUCUGGGAGAUGCUUGCCAUCCAACUCUACCAUAUCAAGCACAGGGUGCUGCCAUGGCAGUUGAGGAUGGAGCUGUGCUUGGCAAGCUUCUCGGCUUGCUAAACCAGUCCGAGGUAUACAAAUCUCAGGCACCGCGCCGCUUAUCAAAUAUGCUGAAGCUCUACGAGAGUCUGCGAAAGGCUCGGACGUCGAACAAUGUGCAAGGGGCAAUUUCAAAUCGAUACACGUAUCAUUUACUAGACGGGCCUGAACAAGAGGCAAGAGACGCUUGGCUUGCUUCUUCCAGAACUACUCCCCCUCCUGAUGGACAAACACUUGGGGAUCAUGAAUAUCUUAAGACUAUGUUGGCUUUUGAUUGUGUUACAGAUAGCAUCGAGGCUUUUAAGGAGUGGGAAAGAAAACUUACCAAGUUAGCUAGACAGCUGUAG